AUGUCUUCACCACACCCGCAAGCAUCGGGCUCCACCCCGUCUGCCUCCGAAGCGGUUCGAGUCUACCGUGCGCCAUCCUCCUCGUCACCAACUCUGCCGCCCCCGGCCGAUGACGACCUCAAGCCCACGCCCGAGGAGCUCAAGGCGGCAUUCAAAUCUACACUGCUCGGGCGGCACGGUCCAGAUGCGCCGCUGCUCACGCGCGCCCUGCGCGAGAAGGAGGAACAGAGGCUCGGCCUCAACUCGUCAAAGAAUCGACAUUGGGACCACGUCAAGAUCCGCAUCCGGUUUUCGGACCGCACCAUGGUCGAGGGGUCCUUCAGUGAGGCGGAUACGAUCAACAAGGUGUACGAGUUUUUGGAGUCGGUGCUCGAUCCAACGGUGAAGGGAAAGGGGGUGGUGAUUUAUACCGCCCCGCCGAAGGUCGAGUAUAGGAGAACGGAUGCAAAGGUGAAUGCCAAGACGCUUAGGCAGCUGGGGUUGAUCCCGAGCGCGGUUGUUAGCUUACGAUGGGACGAUCCCCAGAUGAAUUCCAAUGCGUACCCGGCGCCGAUUCGGCAAGAUCUCAGCUCGCAGGCGCAAGAUCUUCCGGCCACCAACGUGCAACCUCCCACAGCACCAGCGUCGGCACCAGAGGAGAAGCAGAAACCUCUACCCAAGUGGCUAAAGAACAUUGUCAAGAAGUGA